GCCCACCUGUCAGCCAGCGCCAGCCCUCCUCCUUAUAAGGAAUGAUCGAGGACGACGCGACGCAGCAGGGAGAGCCGCAGGUUCGCCGGCGACGAGGAGGAAGGAAUCAGAGGCGCCCAGGAGACCCGGCCGCGAUGGCUCCGCGCAGCUCGUCGGCGACGUGCUUGUGGCUCGCUCUCGCCGCGGCCAUCCUGGCGCUUGCUCAGGCACAGGGAGGGUCAUCAGCGGCGGACCUGGAGAAGGUUACGGCCAAGACCUUCUUCGAUAUCGAGAUCGACGGCAAGCCUGCAGGCCGGAUCGUGCUAGGACUUUUUGGGGACACUGUUCCUAAAACAACAGAGAAUUUCCGAGCACUUUGCACAGGGGAGAAAGGAACGGCCAAGUCUGGCAAGCCUCUGUCGUACAAGGGGUCGACAUUCCACAGGAUCAUCCCGGGAUUCAUGAUCCAAGGAGGCGAUUUCACAAACGGCAACGGGACGGGGGCUGAAUCCAUCUAUGACAGCACGAUCUUCCCUGACGAGAACUUCAAGCUCAACCACACUGAAGCCGGUACGCUGUCCAUGGCCAACUACGGGCCAGACUCCAACGGCUCCCAGUUCUUCAUCACCACUGUAGAAGAAAACAAGUUGCCGAAGAAGCUGGACGGGAAACAUGUUGUGUUUGGCAAGGUGGUGGAAGGGAUGGACGUCGUCAAGAAGAUUGAAGCUGAAGGCCAAGCGACCGGCGUGCCCAAGGCCAAGGUCGUCAUAGUCAACAGCGGGCAGCUCCCAUCAUAGAGAACUGAUGAUCCAUCUAUCUCCAUCCCAUCCAUCUUGUUAAGAAACCAAACAUUUGCUGUGUUUUUCAGUGUGCCAUUGCAUGUUGUUGUUGUCACGGUGCGGAGGCUAUAGACGCCGUUGUAUCGCAGCUCUCACUUCUCUUUUAAUGAAAUACAUGUAAAAAAAUGUUAUUUGUCACAGUGAUGCUUCAUUUAUUUAAAUUUGUUUGGUUGGA